AUGUUUGUUACUCGACCAUGGCUCUUCGGCCGCUCUUUAUUUUCUUCAGUUUCUGAUUCUGCAUGCAUGUGCCAUCUUUCAUCCCAGCCCACAGACAGUGCCACCCACCCUGGUGCCAAGACGCUCUUGUCUUACCUUCAACAUGUUUGUUACUCGAUCAUGGCUCUUCGGCCUUUCAAGGAGCCGUUAUCUUUCCUUCAGCUUAUUCGUCACGCGCGCACGGCCUAUCAUGUUCUGGUGGUUUCCGUUUUCUGCAUAGCCGGCGCUACUGUCUGUGCUCUAGCAGGCCUGCACGUCUUUCAUUGUAUUCGAAACAAGGUCUUCACACUUGAGCCCUUCAUCAUGAGGCAGACAGUUAAGGAGGUUGAGCCAGAGGGGGCAGGCAACGAGCGAGGGUGGAAUGGAGAGGUGGGGAGGAGGAGCAGUGAGGAGGGGAAUAGUGAGGUGCAUGAGUUGAAGGGUGAGUUGAAAGAUGAGUUGAAGAAUGUAUCAGCUGCCAUCUUUGCUGUUGUGGAGCGUGAGUUGGGUGAGCUGAAGUGCCGCUUGCUUAAGGUGGAGAGUGAAAAUGAAGCGGCGGUAAAAGUGGCUGCAGAGCAGGCUGCUGCGGAGAAGGUGGGAUCAAUGGAGCGUGAGCUGGGUGAACUGAAGAAGCAUUUGCUGAAGGUGGAAGGUGAAAUGGAAGCCGCGGAGCAGGCAGCUGUGGAGAAGGUGAAUGACUUCGCGGGGGCAGUGGAGCGUGAGUUGGGUGAGGUGAAGAAGCAUUUGCUGAAGGUGGAGGGUGAACAGGCAGCUACGGUGAAAGUGGCUGCGGAAAAGGCAGAUGCAGAGAAGUUGAAUGAGUUGGUUGGAGCAGUGGAGCGUGAUUUGGGUGAGGUCAAGGGCCGUAUGAUUAAGGUAGAGGGUGAAAGGGCAGAUGCAGAGAAGGUGAAUGAUUUGGAGCAAGUGACGCGGGAGGGUUUUGCAGCAGUGAAGGGAGAAGUUGCAGCAGUGAAAGAGAAAGUAGCAGCAGUGGAAGGGGAGUUGGCUGUUCAGAAGGUUCGUCUGUUAGAAUCAGAGGCAGCAAGGGAUGAGGGCUUAGCAGCAGUGAAGGGAGAACUUACCUCAGUGAAAGUUGAAGUGGUAGCAAUGAAGGGAGAAGUGGCAACAAUGAAAGAGAAAGUAGCAGCAGUGGAAGGGGAGUUGACUAACCAGAAAGUCCGUCUGUUGCAAUUGGAGGAGGAGAAGAAGGCUGCGGAAAGGGUGGCGCAUGAAAGGGUGAAACGCGACGCAAAGCGGGCUCCUAAUGAAGCUGCAGUGCGCAAGAUAUUGGAGCAGCCUGGUCCGAUCACCAAGGAGCAAGUGGAGGAGUGCAGGCCUUCUUGA